UGCGUGCUGACCGGGAGCUGGAUGAAUGACCUGGGCUCCAACAUGACCAUCGGGGCCGUGAACGGAGAAGGCAACUUCGCUGGCUCCUACCACACGGCCGUGAGUGCCACCACAAAUGAGAUCCAGGUGUCACCGCUGCAGGGAUCCCAGCACCACACGAACCAGAAGAGCCAGCCCACCUUUGGCUUCACCGUCAACUGGAGCUUUUCAGUCUCCACCACCGCCUCCAUGGGCCAGUGCUUCGCGGAGGAUGGGAAGGAAAUACUGAGGACUGCGUGGAUUGUGCAAGACGAGGUUGACAGCCUCGAGGAUGACUGGAAAGCCACCGUGCUCACCCUCGCGUUCCUCCAGCACUGCCCAGGUCACACAGACCUCCUCACCUCGCCUGUCCUGGGCGCCCUGCCACCAGGCCACCCACCCCACGGCUGCUAG